GACUGGAGGAGGCGGGCCCGCUGGGCUUUGGGCGCGAGGUUGAAAGACGGUUGGUGUCGGUUCGGCCGCCGAGGUCCGGUCCCGCCGUGCAGCUCGCUCCAUGGCGGACCGCGAGGAGCUGCAGGUUUCCCCGCCGCCGCCGCCCUCCUCUCCCGCGUCUUCAGACGUGUCUUCGGCAUCUUCCCCCGGCACCCCGGGGGGUUUGGGCUGGUCGGUUCCGAGCAGGAGCAGCGGCCGGCUGGUGGACCCGCUGGAGGAGGUGGAGCUGCAAAUCGGAGACGCAGCGUUUUCAUUAACCAAACUUCUUGAAGCCACAUCGGCAGUAUCAGCUCAAGUGGAAGAGCUUGCCUUCAAAUGUACAGAAAAUGCACGUUUCCUUAAAACAUGGCGGGACCUCUUGAAAGAAGGCUAUGAUUCCUUGAAGCCUGACAACUGACUUGACUGUAAUAAUCCGUACUUCCUCAUUUAUGAUUUUGCACAUGUAGCAUGUGGAUAGGAUAAUCGCCAGCAGUUCCGUAUACAGAAAAUGGAAUUUUUCUUGGUUUUCUUCAUUUUGUGAAAACAGAAUAAUGAUGUUACUUUUGAUGCUGGCCCGUAUUUGUUCACCUUUAAACACUUUGAAAGUUCUCUAAACUUCCAAAGAAUCUUUUAUGAAAGUUAAUUUAAUCACUAGAUAAUAAUGCCACAGUAUUACCAGUAGCAAAGUAGGUGGAACAUUAUUCUCUUAGAUUUGCAAGAAGAUGCCAAAGAUGGCAGUUUGAAGUUGAGCUUUAUUUUAUGGACCAAGACGGGUAACUUUCAGGUUACUAAUGUUGGAUCCAGCUCCAUUAGGCUAAGUUCCCUAAAACCAAUGAUUGUCUUCUUUACUUCUAUAUUUCCAGCUCCUAGAACACUCUUACACAGCAGUCACUACGUUUGUUGAAUGAGUUGACAGCAUAAUUAAAAGCUGUUUUUUCUUCCUGUUUUUAGCAUGAAGAUUUUGUUUCUUGAAAAAAAUUUGAGUCAACCUCAUUGACUUGAAGGAAAAUGUUAUCUUUUUUUUUUUUUUAAACAGGAAUUUGAACUUUGGUAACGCUUUUUAAGAUAUAUGGUAUUUUUUGCCCUUCUAUGAUGCUUUUCAAAGAAGCUUUUACUGAAACCUGUCUUGAAAGAAUGCAUAUUUUUUUCUCUAUUUCUAAGGUUGACUGCUUUUUCUAGAUAUUUCUUGUAUUAAAUGCUGUUGCAUGUUUGUUCUCUUUAAAGUGCCUUAUUAAAGUUAUGGCUCUGUAUUAUUACUUUAGGAACUUGGCAAGUAAUAAUUCUAAAUUCUAAAUGUAAUAAUUCUAAACAAGUUACUUUUUAAAAUGCAUCAAUUUUAAAUGAUGUAAUUAUUUUCAUAUUAUUUAAUCUUCAUGACAGUGUUCCAUUUUACUUGUCCCGUAUCUUACAUUGCUCUCUCUCUCUCUCUUUCUGGUGGAUUUGUAUCACAUGUGUCAAUGAUUAAGCCAACUAAUUCUCUGUAUAACUUCUGGACACCUCUGAUACGGCAUCUUAAUUCUUUGUUGAUAUGGAGGUAUGCACAGAGCUAUAUUCCCAAGCCCCACCUUGGACCUGUGAAAGAGGCCACAUGGAUGGGUAAAGGAUAGUUUUGUUUAGCAUAUUAGGUCAUAGUUCUUGAUUGAUGUUUUAUGUUGAAGAUAACACAUAUGGUGUGUUCCUAUACCAAAGAGAUGCUUGUUUUGAUAUUAGAAAAAUAUUUUUUAUGUGUCGUGAAAAUGCAAUUUUUAAAAUGUACAAAAAUAAACCUGUCCAAAGCAAAUGUUAUUUCCAUUUCUUUGAGUUCAUUAUUUUAAAGCUUUUUAUUGAAAUAUUUCAAACCUAACAGGAAAGGUGAAUGGUUUAAACAACACCCAUGCAUUCUCACUAUGCAGGUUAGUAAGUGUUAGCAUUGGUUGUGCUUUCUUCAGAUGUUUGUAUGUAUGUAAAGGUUAGAUGCAUUUGAAUCUUGUUUUGUUACCUCUUUGAUUCCAUCCCCUCCUUCUCCUCAGAGAUAACCACUGUCCUACAGGUGGUGCAUAGGCUAGUCUGUGUUUUUGUAUUUUUAAUACAUAUUCAUGUUUUCAAAAGACUACAAAGUACUGUCCUGAAACGAAUGUAAUAUUGUAAAUCAACUAUAUUUCAAUUAAAAAAAAAACGCUAUUUUGUGUAUGUAGUAACCAGCCUCUAGAGGGCCCCAGUGGUCUCCUUUCUCCUGAUACUCAUGCCCUUGUAGAGUUUCCCACAUUGAAUAAUGUUGACUUGUGUAACUAGCAUAUUGAGGAAAUGCAGUGUGAUUUCCAAGGCCAUACCUUUUGCCCAUUUUUCUGUUACGUUUUGCCUUUCCCUUAUGGAUUUGUAGGUAUUACAUAUAUUGAAUACUAACUAAUGAUCCAUUAUGUAUGUUUCAACUAUCUUUUGUAGCCUGUGGUUUAUCUUUGAUUAUAGAGUCU